CCGCUGAAAACUGAAAUUCUGAUGGCAAACCUGCAAAUAGUUCCUGCGAGAGAGAACGUAGAGGCUCAGCAUGUGGAGAUGAUGGUGCCACUCUACUCUUAUGGAUGCGAGAAGAAGGUUAAGAAGGCUUUGUCGCAUUUGAGAGGAAUACAUUCUGUAGACGUUGACUACAACCUUCAAAAGGUGACCGUAUGGGGGAUAUGCAACAAAUAUGAUGUGCUUGCCACCAUAAGGAAGAAGAGAAGAGAAGCUCGCUUCUGGAGUGAAACAGAGACUGUUUGCCCCAAAACAGAGAAUGAGACUGAAACAGAUGUGAAGAAAGAGAAAGAAGCUCCACGCUCUGCAAAAUUUAAUUACAAAUUUAGCAAGUCAUGGAAGAAGAAACUGUUUCCAUUGAUGUUGUACUUGAAUUAAUUCAUGUCCACAGUGUAUGUAUAUAAGUAAAGAAAUGCUUCCUUCUUAAA